GAAAAUGUCACCCGGAAGGCCUGAAGUAGCCAGCAGUAGCAUUCUCUCAACUAUUGGAAUUUGGAAGUUCCGAUUCACUCUCUGGCUUUCUGCGAAGGAGGUUAGCGUCCUCUUGAUUCAACUGACUUUACGGUCUCGAUUCUCCAGUGUCAAUAAUUUUUCAGAUGGAUGAAGUGUCUCUCAACACUGAGCCAAUAGGUGAUGAUGAAGCUGAUGAAUUUGAGAUUGAAGGAGAUUGUGCAAUGACAGAAUAUGUUGGUCAAACUGGUACGAUCCAGGGAGAGAAUCCUAUCCCUCCUGCAGUUGGAAUGGAAUUUGAGUCCUAUGAGGAUGUGUAUUACUUUUACAAUUGCUAUGCCAAGGAACAGGGAUUUGGGGUUAGAGUAAGUAAUACGUGGUACAGAAAGAGUAAAGAGAGAUACAGAGGUAAGCUUAGCUGCAGUAGUGCAGGUUUCAAGAAAAAAAGUGAGGCAAACCGGCCAAGACCUGAAACAAGAACUGGUUGUCCAGCAAUGAUAAAGUUCAGGCUGAUGGAAAACAAAAGGUGGAGAAUUAUUGAAGUUGAGCUUGAGCACAAUCACUUAAUUAGCCCAGCAAGUGGAAAAUUUUAUAAAUCACAUAAGCUCAUAGGUGCUGGAACCAAAAGGACAUUGCAAUUAGAUGGUCCUGAUGAAGUGCAGAAAAUUAGGAUGUAUCGCACUGUGAUAAUAGAUUCUGAGGGCAAUGAAGGUGUAGAUGAUGAAGGACAAUGUGGAAACCUUCUCCAUUCCAAUCAAUUAAAACUUAGAGAAGGAGAUGCCCAAGCAGUUCAAGAUUUCUUUUGCCGCUCACAGUUGAUGGAUCCCAACUUCUUUUAUGUGGUGGAUCUCAAUGAGAAAGGAUAUAUGAGGAAUUUGUUCUGGGCUGAUGCAAGGUCAAGGGUUGCAUAUGGUUAUUUUGGUGAUGUUGUUGCAAUUGACACUUCAUGCUUGAAAGAAAAAUUUGAGGUACCACUGGUUUCAUUUAUUGGAGUAAAUCACCAUGGGCAUUCCAUGCCAUUGGGCUGUGGUUUGCUUGCAGGUGAGACUACUGAAACAUAUAUAUGGUUGUUGAGAGCCUGGCUUACAUGUAUGCUAGGACGUCCUCCACAAGCUGUCAUCACUGACCAGUGCAGAAGUUUGCAAACUGCUGUUCUUGAUGUUCUUCCAAGAGCUUCACAUUGCCUUCAUUUGUCACAUAUCAUGCAAAGAGUUCCAGAGAAUCUGGGAGAUUUAUUUGAAUUUGAAGCAAUUAGAGAAGCAUUGAGUAGAAUAGUAAACUACUUUCUGAGGCCUGAGGAAUUUGAAGCAACUUGGGAGGAGAUGGUCCAACAUCAUGGAAUCAGGGAUCAUAGAUGGAUCCAAACUUUAUAUGAAGAUAGGAAAAGGUGGGUUCCUGCUUAUGUGAAGGAAACAUUUUUGGCAGGCUUGUUUCCAUUCCAGCAAAAUGAGAUUGUGCCUUCAAUUUUUGAAGGGUAUCUGGAUAAACAUACUCCUUUAAAAGAAUUUCUGGACAAGUAUGAUCAAGCACUACAGACGAAUCAUCAACUUGAAGCCUUAGCAGAUGUGGAUUCAAGGAAUUCAAGUUUAAUGCUAAAAUCAAGAUGUUAUUUUGAGCUACAACUCUCAAAAUUGUACACAAAUGAAAUACUAAAGAGGUUUGAAAAAGAGGUGGAGGGCAUGUAUGCUUGUUUUAGCACAAGACAGGUAGGUAUUGAUGGGCAAUUAACAACAUACAUAGUGAAAGAACAAGUUGAAGUUGAGAACAACAGGCAGGAAACAAGGGACUUUGAGGUUAUGUACAAUACAUCCGAAAUGGAUAUUCUGUGUGUUUGUGGUUUGUUCAACUUUAAAGGAUAUUUAUGUAGACAUGCGCUAAGUGUUCUUCACCAAAAUGCAUUGGAGGAGAUCCCACCUCAAUACAUUCUUACAAGAUGGAGAAAAGAUGUAAAUCGAUCCUACGUUCUUGAUCACGGCUCUGGUGGGAUUGACACUAAUAACCCAGUUCACAGGUAUGACCAUUUGUACAAAUGCAUUGUGCGAGUUGUGGAGGAAGGGAGGAAAUCACAAGAUCGCUACAAGGUUACUCUACAAGCUUUAGGGGAGAUAUUAAACAAGCUUCAUCUUUUAGAAGACUAGCCAUGUAAUUUAGAAGGCUCAGCCAUUAGAGGCGUAGACGGCUACUUUUGUAAAACUACAAAUUUGUGAAUCAUAUUAUUGGUUGUAUAUGUAUAUGUUCAUGUAUAUUAUUUAAAGCUAUUAACGUCACCCUGCAUCAUUUGGAAACA